GGUAUCUGACUACCAGGUCUCAUUUCGAGUGAAUCCAAACGGAAAGAAUAUGACUGCAUCUGAUGUUGCUGGUCAAGCUGCCCAACACAAAGAUGAGAUCAAGAAUACCAUGGGCUUGAGUCUUACAUCAACUGGUAUUGGUAAUCAGUCCCAUGUUCAGGUCGUGGAGCACGUUCCUUCCCAUACACCAAGCUUCAUCGUCCUCACCUUUAUCCUGGUAGGCUGUGUAGCCGGUAUUUUAGUUGCUGUACUUAUCAUAUAUGUCCUCCGUAAGCAAGCCAAACAGAAAGCAAAGUUACAGAAUCUAACUACUGCUCCACCAACUGAUCAGCCAUCAACUGCUGAUUACCAGGAUUUAUGCCGUCAGCGUAUGGCAAGUAAAUCUUCAGAGAAACCAGAACCAUUACAUCGCAUUGGUAGUCUGGGGUCGCAUUAUAGUGACGCACCAGUACCGAGUCCGUCAUCUCGCAGUAGUACGUCGUCCUGGAGUGAGGAGCCAGUGCAUCCAAAUAUGGACAUCUCUACGGGACAUGUUGUACUGUCGUAUAUGGAAGAUCAUCUGAAGAAUAAAGAUCGUCUCGCCAAGGAGUGGGAAGGGUUAUGUCGUUAUGAAGCCGAGCCUAACAGCACUAACGCUGGUAGUGAUGCCAGUAAUGUCAAGAAAAAUAGAUAUCCUGAUUUGCUACCUUAUGACCAUUCACGUGUUGUGUUGAAUGAUUCCACCAAUGCAGCAGGCUCUGAUUACAUCAAUGCUAGCACAAUUACUGACCAUGAUCCUCGUUCUCCUGCUUAUAUCUCAACCCAAGGACCUCUGCCAAACACUGUUGCAGAUUUCUGGCAGAUGGUAUGGGAGCAAGGAUGCAUGGUGCUUGUUGAUCUCACUCUUUGUGAGGAGUCAGGACAAGUUCUCUGUCAUCGGUAUUGGCCUGAAGAGGGCAGUCAAGUUCACCAUAUCUAUGAAAUCAACCUGGUGUCAGAGCAUAUAUGGUGUGAUGACUACCUUGUUAGGAGCUUCUAUCUGAAGAACUUGCAGACUAAUGAAACACGCACAGUGACCCAGUUCCAUUACUUGACUUGGCCAGACAAUGGUGUACCACCCAACCCCAAAGGCAUCUUGGAAUUCAGACGAAAGGUAAAUAAGUCAUUCCGUGGUCGUGCUUGCCCAAUUAUGGUCCAUUGCAGUGAUGGAUGUGGUCGUUCGGGCACAUACUGUUUGAUUGACAUGGUGUUGAAUAGAAUGACGAAAGGAGCGAAGGAAAUCGACAUUGCUGCUACGUUGGAACAUAUCAGAGAUCAGAGAAUAAAAAUGGUCAAAACUAGGGAACAAUUUGAUUUUGCUCUAAAGACUGUAGCAGAGGAAGUAAAUGCCAUCUUAAAAGCACUGCCACAGUGAAGACUUAACCCUUUAUUCCUAUACUGCCAGAGUACUUGAGUCGAUUUAUCAAAACUACAUGUAGACAAUGCAAGAAAUCCAAUAAGGAAAUUGUCAGGGAAAAAGGAAGUGGCAUUUUAAAAAAACAAACAAAGUAAUUUAGCUAAACCACCAAAAGAGGGCAGUCUCUUGUCUUGCGUUGUUUUGUUCACCAUCAUUUUGCCUUUUAUGAUCAUCUACAUUUUGCAAAUGACAAUAUAUUUACAAGUACAGUCAAACCUGUGAAUAGUGACCCCCUAAGAAACUUAAAAAAAGUCUUGAUAUGAAGGUCGGAUUUUUGUUAUGGAUCGCCAACUCAUACAUUUAACAUAAACUUUGUCAAGAAAAUAAUGAGAUGAUACUGUUGCAGAAAAAAUAUAUUUAUUUGAGUUGAUUAAAAUCAAAUAAGUUUGACUCGAGAAAGAUAAAUAGAUUGCUAAUUAUUUCAGUUUCCAGAAAAAGGUGAAUCUACAAAAAUAUUGCUGAAAGUGUGGCCACAUUGGGACUGUCUAAAAGUGGUCACUAUAUGCCUAAUGUCUUUCUAUCGAGUUGGGCACUAACACAGGUCUGACUGUAUACUGUGAAUGAUAGUUUAUGUUUGCCAGGACAGAGAAAGA